AUCAAAUCAAAAUUUUAGCGGGCAAACAAUGCAACCAAUAUAAAGACUUGUACAGAUCGCUCAAUUUCCGGUUAAGUCUUUCUCUAUCGGAUGUCGAUUUACUUGAUUUUAAAUCAUGGGUCGAGUAAUUCGUGCUCAACGUAAAGGAGCUGGAUCUGUCUUCAGAUCUCAUACAAAAAGGAGAAAGGGAGCACCUAAACUUCGCUCUUUGGAUUUUUCUGAAAGACAUGGAUACAUCAAAGGUGUUGUCAAGGAUAUUAUUCAUGAUCCCGGUCGUGGUGCACCAUUAGCCGUUGUUCAUUUUAGAGAUCCAUAUAAGUUUAAAACUCGUAAAGAAUUAUUUAUUGCACCAGAAGGAAUGUACACUGGACAAUUCCUUUAUUGUGGAAAAAAAGCUAAUCUUCAAAUUGGAAAUGUGAUGCCUGUUGGUCAAAUGCCUGAAGGUACCAUUGUUUGUAAUUUGGAAGAAAAAACUGGUGAUAGAGGUCGAUUGGCAAGAGCAUCAGGAAAUUAUGCUACAGUUAUAGCUCACAAUCCAGAUACAAAAAAAACCAGAGUGAAACUGCCUUCUGGUGCUAAAAAAGUUAUACCUUCUAAUAAUAGAGCAAUGGUGGGUAUUGUUGCUGGUGGUGGACGUAUUGAUAAACCAAUUCUUAAAGCUGGUCGUGCAUAUCACAAAUACAAGGCUAAGAGGAACUGUUGGCCUAAGGUUCGUGGUGUUGCUAUGAACCCUGUUGAGCAUCCACACGGUGGUGGUAAUCAUCAACAUAUUGGUAAAGCAUCUACAGUUAAACGUGGAACUAGCGCUGGUCGUAAGAUUGGUCUUAUUGCUGCGCGUCGUACAGGAAGAAUCCGAGGUGGAAAAACCGAUACUAAGAAAGACGAUUAGACAAAAUGUUGAUUAAAUUCUGGAUCUUGUACAAUAAAACAUUUAAAAAAAA